AGCACAGAGAAGCACAUGACCAAGCUACAGCAAGAAUGCAAAAUACUGUGACACGUUGCGCAGCCAGUGGGGUUCAGACCUUAGCCGUAGCCAUGGCCGACACUGCAGCACUGCUGGAGGAGCUUCGCCGGAGCCAGGACCGGCUGCGAAAAGAGGUCCUUAGCGGGCAAGCGCUGAUUCUCAACGAGAUCAGGAGCUUGCACCAGUACUGGAAGGAUCAGCUGGGCGUCCCAAGUUCACCGGGCCCUGGCGUCCCAAGUUCACCGGGCCCCGGCGCCGAAGCCGAGAAGAAGGCCGCCGAUGGCAAAGGUGCAAAGGUUGCCCGCCCCAGCAUUUCGGAAGGCUUGUCAAAGGGGCUCGAAGAGUUUACCGACAGCGUUGUCAAAAAUAUUGAGGGUCUGACCUCUGUCUUUGCAGAGAAUAUUGGUAGACAUGGCGAUGUCCCUCAUCUUCCAACACCGAAAAAGCGAGACUCACAGAGCGUCCGCUUCGCAGAGCAGCGUGUGAGUUUGCACCGUGCCACCCUGGCGGGCGCUGAAGUGGAAGAGCUCCUCUUGGACAAGGCCCCACUGCCUCAGGAGGAGCGGCCCAGAUCUUCCCAGGUGGAUGCUGCGGCCUUCAUGCCGGCCACCAGGGAGAAGCUGAAAAGGGAAGGCUUUGGGGAUUCCAAGAAGGAGAGGAAGCGCACAGACUCGGGUGAGGGCAUGGCCACGGCAGAAGCGACGCAAGAAGACCAGAAGCCUGCAACUCCGUCACAAGAUGGGUUGCAGCUUGGCGUGGAUGCACCCAAUGCCGCUGAGACAGGUCUUCCCAGGGAUGAUCAGGAUCAAUCAAAGAGCUAGGAAACAGUGCGAA